CUGGAAGAUGGGAUCGCGCCGCCGCGUCGCCCGCGGACUCGGGCCGCUGCCCUCCCCUCUGGAUCUAUAGUGGACGCCACCCUUCUCGGGGCGGAGCGCCCCCCCAGCCGAGCCCCGCGCCGCCGGCAGCACCCCUUGCCUCUCCGCCGGCCGUCUCGCCUCUUCUUGCCUUUUGUUUUUAAACCCCAGCGCGCUGCGCGUUCCUCUGCACGCCCGCGAGCGCGCCGCCGUGGAUGCGCCUGGCACCCUGGCUUCGCACGCGAGUCGCCGGUCCGAGUUGCGUUCGGCGCGGCGACGCGGAGCCCCAAGCCCGCCGCCACGCCGCGCACCGAGCGUGGGCUCCCGCGGCUCCCGCCUGGCGCCCUGAGGAGCCCCCGGAGGGCGAGCGCGUCCCGAGGACUCAGUGAGCCGCAGAGAGCGGGCUGGGCGCGACGAUCGUGCCCCUGGUCGCUCCGGAUUCGCGGGGCCUUGCGUUGGUGCCCCUUUUUCGUGCCCAGGAGGAUUGGGGAGAGCGGGCCCACGCACCGCCCCUCCGAGGUCCGGAGGUCGCGCGGAGCUGGGAGUGGUGUGGCCAUGGCCGUGAGGAGGGACUCCGUGUGGAAGUACUGCUGGGGAGUUUUGAUGGUUUUAUGCAGAACUGCGAUGUCCAGAUCGAUAGUUUUAGAACCGAUCUAUUGGAAUUCCUCGAACUCCAAAUUUCUACCUGGACAAGGACUGGUACUAUACCCACAAAUAGGAGACAAAUUGGAUAUUAUUUGCCCCAAAGUGGACUCUAAAACUGUUGGCCAGUAUGAAUACUAUAAAGUUUAUAUGGUUGAUAAAGACCAAGCAGAUAGAUGCACUAUUAAGAAGGAAAAUACCCCUCUCCUCAACUGUGCCAGACCAGACCAAGAUGUAAAAUUCACUAUCAAGUUUCAAGAAUUCAGCCCUAACCUCUGGGGUCUAGAAUUUCAGAAGAACAAAGAUUAUUACAUUAUAUCUACAUCAAAUGGGUCUUUGGAGGGCCUGGAUAACCAGGAGGGAGGGGUGUGCCAGACAAGAGCCAUGAAGAUCCUCAUGAAAGUUGGACAAGACGCAAGUUCGGCUGGGUCAACCAGGCAUAAUGAUCCCACAAGACGUCCAGAACUGGAAGCUGGUACAAAAGGAAGAAGCUCAACCACGAGUCCCUUUGUGAAACCAAAUCCAGGUUCUAGCACAGACGGCAAUAGCGCCGGACAUUCUGGUAACAAUAUCCUUGGUUCCGAAGUGGCCUUAUUCGCAGGGAUUGCUUCAGGAUGCAUCAUCUUCAUUGUCAUUAUCAUCACUCUGGUGGUCCUUUUACUGAAGUACCGAAGAAGACACAGGAAACACUCGCCGCAGCACACAACCACACUGUCGCUCAGUACGUUAGCCACGCCAAAGCGCAGUGGCAACAACAAUGGCUCGGAGCCCAGUGACAUUAUCAUCCCACUAAGGACUGCGGACAGUGUUUUCUGCCCUCACUAUGAAAAAGUCAGCGGGGAUUACGGGCACCCUGUAUACAUAGUCCAGGAGAUGCCUCCUCAGAGCCCAGCGAACAUUUACUACAAGGUCUGAGAGCACGCGGCCGGUACCUUGCUUUCCCAGAGGAAACGUACUGUUCGGAUGCUUCCCGUUGAGGGUUUGAUGACACCCUGUGCUCUGGAAUUGACUGAAGCACAGUGGGGGAGCGGGAACACUCCUUCUUGGAAGAGCCUUGAUGAGCUGGACAGUUGACCCUAGUCUGUAGAAUUUCAGCCUUGGUGAAUAAAAAUACUCACUGCAAGCUGGAAGACUGUGUGUAGAAGAUACCCAUUCGGAUUGCUGUAUUCUCGUUACGUGUAUCACCCUCUAAGCCAUGUGCUGCGGUAAUUCCGGCAGAUACAGAAGCCAAGGGGAGACAGAGUGGCUUGUGGACCAGAGAGCUUGGAGCAUCCUGGGAAGGCAGCCCAGGGUGCCAUGCUUGGAAAUGCAGUCUUCUGCCACCUUGGUGUGGGUCUUUUUCUCUCUCUCUCUCUCAGUGCAUACUGGACUGGUCACACAGACCUCUGGCUAAGUCAGGCUUUGAAAGAUCUCUAGCUUUUAGUCCAUCACUGUUACCUUGCUUCUGUUGUCCAGGGUGCGGCAGUCCUUCUACCUGAGAUCCCUUUCUCUCUCCGUCCUGCAUCACUCAUGGAACGUUGAUGCGUGGAGUCCCCUUCUCCCUCCGUUUGCAGCCACAGCCCCAGCCCCAGCUGAAUGGGUAAUACAUGGAUAGAAACGGUGUUUGCUAAGAAGGAGCCUUCCAGCCAGAAGCUAAGCUGUCAGCCGAGGAAGAUGAGGUGUUCCUGGAUGGGGGUGGGCCGGGGGAAAGGGCUGACUGUGAGAGCAGUUUAACCUGCUGCUGCCUCUGAAUCAGGGUGUCAGCAAGACGAAGACAACAACAAUUAGGUAGCACAGCACUUUGGUUUUGUGGAGAUUUCGGAGGCGAGCAGGAGACACAACAACACGCAGUGGCUGAGGGUGCACGGGAAGGAGUUCGCUGUAUCAAAUAGCAGUGCACAGAGAAAGAUAGUACCUGGUUGUUCCUGCCCCGGAACAGAGGGGUAUUGUUGGUAGAGGAACAGGCUUGGCGGGAAGGGAAACCUCGGCCGCUGAUGAUACGUUCAGGCAGGACUGUAGUGGUACUGGCAAUAAGAUAAACAGCUCUGAAGCUGUAGCAAAGUCAGUCUGCUUUGGAUGAUUUUUUUUUUUUUCUUUGAGCAGACUCAGCUGCUGUACUUAUCACAUUUUAUGAAACACAGGGAAAGCAUUUAGGAGAAUAGCAGAGAGCCAAAUCUGACCUAGACGUUUAAAAGCCAAAGGUCAAGCAGGCUGUAAUUCCAUCAGCAUUGAUGUGAUUAAAGAAUUCUCAUGUAUAAAAGGUAGGUCAGAUACCCCGCCCCGCCCCUCAGUUCCCACCCCCCUCCCCGGUGGAGCCUUCUGACACUUUGGUUUGUGGGGUGUUGUCUGUGCUGUGGAGGGGCUGCAGGGUAGGGGCUGUGGCCGAGCGAAGCUCCCCGGUGCUCUGUUUCAAAGGGAAACCCAUAUGGCAAACCUCUUAGAGAGAGUCCUUAAGACUGAAAUAAAUUAUGAUGUUGAGGGGGAGAAGGAAGAUAGGACGUAUUUAUAAUAGGUAUAUAGAACACAAGGGAUAUAAAAUGAAAGAUUUUUUACUAAUAUAUAUUUUAAGAUUGCACAGAGUACAACCCAGAAGAUGUGAAAUUCACUCGUGGCAAUUAAAUGGUCCCCACUCUCAGUGCUUAAAAA